AUGUCAUCGUCAUUCAGUUUUUAUAUUCUAUCCCUGUCUUACCUAGUAUUCCAUCUAUCUAUCUAUCUAUCUAUCUAUCUAUCUAUCUAUCUAUCUAUCUAUCUAUCUAUCUAUCAGCCUAUUCAUAUCUAUCUAUCUAUCUAUCUAUCUAUCUAUCUAUCUAUCUAUCUAUCUUAUCUAUCUAUCUAUCUAUCUGUCAGACAAUUCAUAUCUAUCUAUCUAUCUAUCUAUCUAUCUAUCUAUCUAUCUAUCUAUCUAUCUAUCUAUCUAUCUAUCUAUCUAUCUAUCAACCUCCCUUCAUAUCUAUCUCAGCCUAUUCAUAACGCUAUCUAUCAUAUUAUCUUAAACGGUUCAUUUAUCUUGAUUCUUGUGUACCUUAUCUAUCUAUCUAUCUAUCUAUCUAUCUAUCUAUCUAUCUAUCUAUACAUACAUACAUACACACAUAGAUUCACUGGAGUCAAUCAACGCGACCUCAUAUCUAUCUAUCUAUCUAUCUAUCUAUCUAUCUAUCUAUCUAUCUAUGAGAUAAUAAUAUAUAUUUUUAUAUAUCAAAAAGGAUCUUAUACACAAUUUAUCAAAUGCCUUAAAUUAUUCCUUGCCCAAACACAUUUUUCUCAUGAUCUAUCUAUCUAUCUAUCUAUCUAUCUAUCUAUCUAUCUAUGA